UGUGCUUGUUUUGAUUUGAUAUACCUCGCAUCUGGUUUAACUAUUGAGAUUAUGACAUAGGCUCACAUAGCAGAUACGAAUGCCCUAAGAUGCCCUUUUAUGCUAAAUGUUGCUGCCCCACGACAAAAUGGGAACAUACUUCAAACUGCAAGGAAUGCCCCGGACGACUGCUUGAGUUAUUUCAACAUUUUUACCCAAACAGGGAAUUGCCAAGCAGAAAAAUUUGCUUUGUGUGCAUGUCAAGAGUUGACAAGGAGGACGAAUUCGUCAGCCAUCCUCAAUAUGUGCCGCCUAAAUUUAGGAAGUGUAAGCAGCAGAUGGCAUACAUGAAAAAGAUGCACCAAAAGAAUGAAAGCCUUUUGCCACCAGGGGAGUUCUUCAUAUUAAAAAUACCAGAAAACUCAGAAGGAGAUUUCAAAAAUGAAUCAACAGAUCUUACAGAAUCUCAGCUAUCUGAUAAAACCACUGAAGAUCCACAGGAUGAAACAAAUAACGAAAAGAACUGCAGUACAACAAUCCAUACAGAAAACUCAGCAGAUAAUGUUAAAUCAACUGAAGAUACUAAUGCUGUAGAGAAAUCUACUGUGGAAAAAAUAUUAGAGAGAAUACAAGGUAGUGAACUUGUUCUGGCUGAAGACUUGGUGAUAUGCGGAUUGUGUGGCAAAGGUUUCUUGGACAUCAAACAGUUUCUGCAGCAUAAGUCUACACAUAAAACCUAUGCCUCAAAAUACCGCUGUGAGCUGUGUCGCCAAACUUUCUGCCGCCAUGCCACACUGAUGGACCAUUAUCAGAGAAGACAUCGUACAAUAGUGAGGGUCUCCCCCAACCUCGUGACCGAACCUAGUGAGGAAGAACCGUCCAACGAGAAAAGAAAAAGGUCAAAUUUUAAGACAAUGUCCAGGGGAGUCCAGGUGGACAUCAAAGCCCCAUCCCCAGGGGCUGAUUUGGCAUUUUCUGGGGGUGACAUUGGCCCUCAGGUCAAUAACUUAAAACAUCUAGAGGACUCACAGCUGGACUUUCAUUUCAUCAUAUCAGUAGAGACCGUUAAAAAGAAUCAGUUUGACUAUGCCAGUGUUUAUUUGAAGUGCUUACACUGUCGAUUUAAAACUACCUCGAGGGCCAAUCUCAGGACUCACAUGAGAGCCAAGCAUCCAGAUAUGAUUGAUAUAAACCAAAGGAUUUCCAUAGGUGAAAACGGCACUGGGAAUCACAGACUGGUCAGUAUGUCUGAGUACAAACGCCAACUGCACAAACAACAGUCAGGACAGAGAAUUGACAAGCAGGACGUCUUGGGCCAGUUUCCCUGUCCAAUAUGCAAUAAAGUGUUCGGGAGGUUACGCUACCUUCGUGCUCACAUGCCAGUCCAUCGAAAAGAACUUUCAUUCAUGUGUGAAGAAUGUGGUCGCCAUUUUAAAUCCCGUGCUAGUGUAUAUGCUCAUAAGAGACGAUUCCACAAGGGUGUCAUGUACAAGUGCCCACAUUGCCCUUUUAGAACUGGAGUCAAUAUCUUGUACCACAGGCACAAGCGUAUGCACAGCGUCUCCCGUCGAGGGCAGAUUUGUGACGUAUGCGGAGAAGCCUUCAUUCAUUCUCAUCAACUCAAGAAACAUCUGUCUGUCCACGAUCCAACCAAACCAUACCAGUGUAAGAUCCAGUCUUGCUCAUGGAGAUUUGAUAAUGAAAAUAAACUGAAGAACCACCUGCUUAUAUACCAUGCAGAGAAAGAGACUGAAGCUCCAUCUAGUGUGGUGGAAAGUGAUCACCAACACGUGGCGACUGAAGGAUUGUCUCUCUCUGGUGAUUCUAAAGCGGGACAACAAAAUCAGCAAACAAAUGUGACAAAAGAUAACAGCAGUGGAAAUGUGCCUCAACAAGAAGAUGGCGGCGACCCACAACCCCAGAUAACUUAUGUCAUCCAGCCUGAAGGGAGUGUGCCCCAGUUAACCAGGCAAAAUGUGGUAUUCACAUUAAAUCCUAAAGAGGCCGAGCCUAGCCAGCGACAGGCAGAGGGUCAGUUCGGCCAGGACGGAAUGAGCAUUGGCUACCAGCAGUCUGGGGAGGUGGACAUACUGUUCUCAGCAAUGGCAACUAGUCACUCAGGAACAACUGACCAUUCCACAGAUCAUGCCACUGACCAGGCUCUGAUGCAAGGUUUUAAUAGCCUGACUCCAGCAGGCCAACAAGGAGGAACUUCCCACCCCAACAGCAAUGUUUUGAUGACAAUAGCACAGCAGUAUCGCAAUGCCCAAGUCCUACUGGAAGAAGGAUUUACAGGGGAACAGGUCCUUAGGCUCCUCCUGGAGAAUCAGUCCGAAGGUGUCCUCAGUCUGGGUCAAGUUCAACUGCCCAGGCAUCUCCUGGCUGACCCCAAUGCUGACAUGGUUGGGCAGCCCCGGACGUCCGUUCCAGUGUCUCAGUUAAGUGCAUAUAGCAGUCUGGCUGUGCUUCCAACAGUGAGUUCCCCUCAAACAAGCUUCAAUUCCAACCCCAUAUUCUUGCAGCAGUUUCUGGAUCAAACUCAUGGAGCAGUGGGGCAAGGGGUGUUGGGGGAAGGCCAGGACUUGGGGGUGUACUCCAGCGGUUCUCUGACCCAGGGGCAGGUGCAGCAAUUCACCACAGGAGGGGUUGGAGACGGUUUUCAGCCAAUGGACACCCAGCAGUCAGAGGAAUGUUUUGACCCAUUGUUGCAGCAUAGCCAAGAUGCUGGAGAAACUAUUAACACUUCUAAUGGGACUUGA